UGGAUGGGGCAGUUUACCAUGUACACCAAAGUUUCUGUUUGUACAUCCAAAAUGUGUUACUUUCUUGCGCACAUUUAAAGCAUCUUUAAGACUCUGACUGGGAAAAGCAGAUUGACACACCUUCUCCGGGGUUAUUUUGCUGGGAGUGUGUGUGAUAUUUUUACAGUAUUAGGGAGAGGAUCUGAACUGGCUGUGGAUGGGAAGCUGUGCAACCAAGGAGGAAACAAUUCUGACUUGGCUUUUUCAAUAGGUUUGUGAGGUCCUGUUCUCUAGGACAAUGAAGUAUGAUGAGCUUUAUGCAGCCCUGACCUCACUACUUGCAGCUGGAUCCCAGUUUGAUACCCUCAGGAGGAAGGAAAACAAAAACGUCACUGCACUGGAGGCCUGUGCGCUUCAAUACUAUUUCUUGAUACUGUGGCGGAUAUUGGGGAUUUUGCCUCCAUCCAAAAACUACUUGAAUCAGCUGGCCAUGAACACACCGGAGAUGAGUGAAUGUGAUAUCCUGCACACUUUGCGCUGGUCUUCCCGCUUACGUAUCAGCUCCUAUGUCAGCUGGAUCAAGGUACAGUCCUUUCUUUAGAAUUUACAAUGUAGG